AUGGAGAGGAAUUCCGUGCAGAGUGCUGCCUUCCGGACGCAACGUGGCGCUUACACUCAAAGCAGCCACUGUAAUGCACAGGAGAAGCACAGGAGAUGCGGUUACCCGAGUGACAUCGUGCCCUCUGAAAUUCUGCCAGAGACACACAAAGUGCUCUCCAGUCCCCACUCCACACCGAGACUGUUGAUUGUUGGGAGCUCUCAAUCCUAUAAAUGCCGAGGGCAGCGGGUUUGCAACAGAGAUCAUUGCCCCUUUGCUCCGGACCAGUCCGUGUGUCGGCUCAUAGAAAAGCUCAUCUUCGGGCGGCAUCAUGAGAUCCUGCCUUUUACCUGCCAUGGCGAUUCUGUGACCGACCAUUUUAGUCGCAGCAACACAAUGAGCAGACUCCAAAAGGUGGACCUGAGGAACAGCAGCACAGUGACCGAUUUCAUCCUCGUGGGCUUUGAGCAGAGCUCCCCUUCCACUCAGGCAUUGCUCUUCACCCUCUUCUUGGCUCUCUACAGCCUCGCCAUGGCCAUGAACAGCCUCAUCAUCUUCAUCACCUGGACUGACCCCAGACUCAACAGCCCCAUGUACUUCUUCCUUGGACACCUGUCUUUCCUGGACAUCUGCUUCAUCACCACCACCAUCCCACAGAUGUUGAUCCAUCUGGUGACCAAGAACCACACCGUCUCCUUUGCCUCCUGCUUGACCCAGAUGUAUCUGGUCUUUGGUGUGGGUGUGGCCGAGUGCAUCCUCUUGGCUUUUAUGGCCUAUGACCGUUAUGUUGCAAUCUGCCACCCACUGAACUAUGCCCAGAUUAUGAGCCAUCAAGUGUGUGUCCGGCUGGUGUGUUCUUCCUGGAUCUUUGGGAUGGUCAAUGGCAUCCUUCUUGAUUACAUGACAUUUCGAGGUCCAUUCUGCAGGGAAAACCACAUAGAAAACUUUUUCUGUGAGGCCCCCAUAGUGAUUGCCCUCUCCUGUGGGGACCCUGAGUUCAGUCUGAAGGUGAUCUUUCUUGAUGCCAUUGUGGUGCUGCUCAGUCCCAUGGUGCUCAUUGUCACCUCCUACGCCCGAAUCCUGGCCUCCAUCCUCAGCAGAGCCUCCUCCUCAGGUAGAGGGAAGACACUCUCCACUUGUGCCUCCCACCUGACUGUGGUCAUCUUUUUCUACACCUCAGCCAUGUUCUCUUACAUGAAUCCCCGCAGCACCCACGGGCCUGACAAAGACAAGCCUUUCUCCCUCCUCUACACCAUCAUCACCCCCAUGUGCAACCCCAUCAUCUACAGCUUCCGCAACAAGGAAAUGAAGGGGGCCAUGGUGAGGGCUCUUGGGAGAGGCAACCUGGCUUAG